AUGAAGCUCAACUCAACAAAAUGUGCUUUUGGAAUCUCGUCAGGGAAGUUCUUAGGUUUCAUGGUGUCUCAAAGAGGGAUAGAAGCAAAUCCAGAAAAGAUUCAGGCUAUACUCGCCAUGCGUUCACCACAAAACAUAAAGGAGGUCCAAAAGCUCACAGGACGAGUUGCAGCUUUGAGCAGGUUUAUUUCGCGAGCAACUGACAAAUGUCAAACAUUCUUCAAGGUUUUGAAGAAAGCCUUUGAAUGGACAACCACGGAGGAAAUGGCUUUCAUCCACUUGAAGGAUUAUUUGGCAUCACCACCACUGCUGGGUAGGACUCAGGAUGGGGAGAAUCUAUUCUUGUACCUAGCUGUCUCUCCUCAUGCCGUCAGCACGGUUUUGGUUCGGGAAGAGCAGGGAACUCAACUCCCAGUAUACUAUACUAGCAGAGCACUACGAGGAGCUGAGUUAAGAUACCCCAGAGCUGAAAAAAUAGCCUUUGCAAUGGUAAUAGCAGACAGAAGGCUACGGCCAUACUUCCAAGCUCAUCCAAUCAAAGUGUUAACAGACAAACCGCUUCGAAGGAUUCUCCACUCACCGGAGACGUCAGGCCGACUAAUUCAAUGGUCAAUAGAGCUCGGUGAAUUUGAUAUAGAAUAUAAACCUCGAAUUGCCAUCAAGGCACAGGUAUUGGCAGAUUUCCUUGCAGAAUACACAUAUCCAGAGCCGGAGGAGCUCCACAAAGAAGAACCAAAACCUUGGGUCCUUCAAGUCGACGAAUCAACAACUAAAGAUGCAAGCGGGGCAGGCUUAAUUCUAACAUCCCCGAAAGGACAAUGCCUUAGCUACGCACUUAGGUUUGAGUUCAAAACAACCAACAAUGAAGCCGAAUACGAAGCCCUGGUGGUUGGAUUGGAGCUGGCAAGUGCCGUUGGAGCUAGGCAUGUUCUGGCCAAAAGCGAUUCACAGCUGGUUGUGGGACAAGUCCUUGGGGAAUACACCGUCAAGGAAGGGAUCAUGCAAAAGUAUGUGGAUAGAGUAAAGGCUCAAGUUGCGAAAUUGCAAAGCUUCAAUAUUGUCAGAAUCCCAAGGGAGGAAAACAAUGAAGCAGAUUAUUUGGCAAAACUGGCCACGGCUACGGAGAACGCUAUUCCAUGGAAUACACCUGUAAGAUACUUAGAGUUGCCAAGUAUCGUCUCCCCAGAUACACAAGUUCAAGCCAUCAAUUACAGUGACUCAUGGACUGGACCCAUAGUUGACUAUAUAACUAAUGGGACGCUACCAGAAGAUAAGGUCAAAGCCAGACAGCUCAAGAUUAGAGCUGCAAAGUACCUGAUGAUAGGAGACGUGUUAUAUAGAAGGAGUUUUUUCAUUACCUUACCUGAGAUGCCUCACCACAAUGGAAUCUUUGAAAGCUAUGGAAGAGGUCCACCAAGGAAUAUGCGGGGAUCACCAAGGUGGCCGCAUGUUAGCUUACAAACUCCUCAGGUUAGGGUACUACUGGCCCAGCAUGCAAAAGGAUUGCAACUCUAUGGUGCAAAAAUGUGA